GUCCAGACCCCAACGCGUCCCUUCCCACCAUGGACUCGCCGCAGCAGCCCGUGGCUGGUGCCUCAGACGUCGCAUCUCCGUCCCCGUCGUUGCAUUUCGAUCCCCCGCAGAGCCUUGAUUUCGCCGCUCCCACACGCAGCAGCGGAAUGGCGCCGCCCGAUGAGCUCCCCAACACCAACGGCUACAGCAGCGACUCGCGCGCCCACUAUUCCUCCUUCGAGUUCAACUCCCCCGCCCGCGACUACCAUCCCGACAGCGACCAGCCCCGGCAAAACUUCUCCCCCUUGACCCAUCAGCCCUCCCUGCCCUCCUCCUCCUCCCGACCCGGCUCCGGUCUGUCCAACGGCACCGAGCGACAUGGACUCGUACAGCCGACACACGACGCGCCCUCGAAGCAGCCGUCGCAGCCGACCAAGAACAGCGUGGUGAUAAAGGUCGGCAUGGUGGGCGACGCCCAGAUCGGAAAGACCAGCCUGAUGGUGAAAUACGUGGAGGGUAGCUGGGACGAGGAUUACAUUCAGACGUUGGGCGUCAACUUCAUGGAAAAGACUAUCUCGAUCCGGAACACCGAAAUCACCUUCUCUAUCUGGGAUCUGGGUGGCCAGCGCGAGUUCGUCAACAUGCUGCCCCUUGUGUGCAACGAUGCCGUCGCGAUCCUCUUCAUGUUUGACCUCACCCGCAAGAGUACCCUGAACUCGAUCAAGGAGUGGUACCGCCAGGGCCGCGGGUUCAACAAGACCGCCAUCCCGUUCCUGAUCGGCACCAAGUACGACCAUUUCGUCAACUUUCCCCGCGAGGAUCAGGAAGAGAUCUCGAUCCAGGCCAAACGGUUCGCCAAAGCCAUGAAAGCCAGCCUGAUCUUCAGCAGCACCAGCCACAGCAUCAACGUGCAGAAGAUUUUCAAGAUCGUGCUGGCCAAGGCGUUCGACCUGAAAUGCACCAUCCCGGAGAUCGAGAACGUCGGCGAGCCCCUGCUGCUGUACAAGAACGUCUAAGUCACGACGCGACGAAGUGGGACGAACGAUUACGUGUAUGGGACGACGUGAUGUUGAUGAUGGAACUUUCCCGUCUUGGGUGUAGGAUACGGC